AUGGCCGCAGUGCCGGUGGAGACCAGUAACGACGUCAAGGCCGCUUACAAGAAGGGCCUUACCGAGGACGUCUCUGGGAACCACCAAACUGCGCUGGCGAACUUUGGGAAGGCGAAAUGCCUUUCAGGCAGCAACCCUGCAUUUCAGAAGAAAUGCGAAAGCGGCGUCCGCAAGGCUUUGCGACAUCUCAAGGAACAGGAUGGGCUGUACCAGCUGCGAGAGAUGUUCAAGGCGGAUGCUGCUGCGCUGCUGAGCCGAAAUGGGGACGCACCGCCGCUGGCCGUGGCAGGCUUCUGCAGUCGUGUGGAGAAGGCACCUGUCGGCCGCGGGCUACUGGUUCGCGAACGGGCACAGAUUGGUGAGCUGCUCUUUGUCGAGAAAGCUUUCAUACUGGGAAGCCAUCAGGCGCUCCUUGGAGCCGCCCUGAAGAAACUGCAGAGCUGCCCAAAGAUGGAUUUCGAUCAGUUCAUGAAUCUGGUCAACGGCGAGGAGGAGGAGGUUGUGUCGCCUGCAGGAUCAUCAAUCACAAUAGCCUGCCCGGAAGAUGAAGGAGAUCGCACGGUGGAUGAAGACAAGGUGCAGAGGAUCCUGCAGCUGAAUGCUCGAAGCCGCAUCACCCUGAGCAAGACGGGUGAGAUCGAGGAGAAGCUCUGGGGACUUUGGCCUCUGGCAGCCUCCAUGAACCAUUCCUGCAGGCCGAACGCAAACUUCACUUUCGUCGGCGAUGUUCUGAUCUGCCGCGCCGCGCGAGACCUGGAGAUGGGCGACGAGAUCUGCUGCAACUUUGUCCGCGUAGACCGUCCGGCCAUGCUCCGUCAGCGAGAGCUCCAAAGUGAGUACAACUUCUCCUGCACCUGUGCGCGGUGCAUCCUGGAGAAGGCCUUUCUGCCGGACUCAAAGGCACAAGAGUUCAUGGACAAGAUCAAGAAGCUCAGCCGGGCCCCUCGUCGACGUGACCGUGAAGCCCUCGAGGCAUGGGCGGGCUCUUGGUCCUUCCUCUAUCGAGAGAUAGAGUACGACGUGUCAUUGGCAAUCAAGAGGAAUGGCAAGACUUUGGACGAGGACCUCAGCUUAGUUGCAGCAAGCGAUGAACUCUUCGAGCGAUGCUGGACCGCCGACCACGAGGCGCUUCGCGAGCUGCGCGUUAAGGAGCAGGAGGAGAUGCGACAAAACAUUGCGCGCCGGCAAGGACAAGAGUCUGGAAAACCUGUCAACUAUGCAGGACCAGGACGUGUAGAUGUUUAUGCAGAGCAGCUGCAGCAUCUACUUUGCACUUCCUUCCUCUCUGUUGCAGCAGAGUCGGCCCGUCUCUGGGUAAAGGUCGGAGUCCCUAGCAACAGUGCUCGCGACAGCCGCUGGAUCUGCCAGCAGCUCGAAGAGACCGCGCCAGCUAGUUCGUCUCACGCAUUCUGGGCUGCGGAGUGUGCCACCCAGACAUGGAGAGCGUUCUUGAAGAAGGAAGAGGCUGCCCUGAUAUUUGCGCAACAACAUCCCGAUACGCACAGACCGCCACUCACGCCUGAAGUGGAGCAAUCCGCCGUUUACGCCCGAAUCACGUUCGGCCGGUGCUACGGAGAGCAGUUGUGGCUGGCACAGGCCAAGGCUUUGGGUUGGCCCAUGGAGCUUUGUGCCGGGGCUCUGCAGCGCCCAGCACCUGCAAUACCCCGGCCACCACCGGAAAGCAGGAAAGCGAGCCCACCGAAGGGACGGAUCAAGAUCUAUAAGAAGGGCUCCAGGAGGUGGGAGGACUACCUGAGGCCGAAGUUGAAAGAGAAGUUGGAGCCUCGCCCAGUGGUCGUGGACCUGAAAGACGAGUCCCCCGAUUUGUGCUCUUUGCUCUCGGCGCUGGUGAAAGGAGACGGAGCGAUCUCCAGUGGGAGCCCUUAA